ACACUCGAAGCUAUUACUCACUUACUCAUGGUUGAUGGUAGGUAACACAUCCAUUCUCUAACAACCAUUACGUAAAAGGAGGGGUGAAAUGAAAUUCAAAUCAAAUUCAAAUUGCUAUCUGAGAGACUGAAACCAUAACACUGCAAUCAAGAAGAUCCUCUCAGUCCCAAAUAAAUAAAUAAAAAAUGCUCACGUUCACAUUAAUAGUUGCAGCUACGAGCAGCAUAAGCACUUUUUCUCUGAUUGGAUCAUCGUCGCCGUCUUCUUCGCUAAGCUUUCCCUCCAUUUCCCGCGCAUUUCGCUCUCGCUCUCGUUCUCGUUCUCGUUCUCGUUCUCGUCCUUCUGCUCUCUGCUUCUCAGGUUUGUCAGAGAAUACGGAUUCUGGUGUUGCUCCGUGUUUGUUUCCAUUGCAUCGUUGUAAAACAAUUCACCUGGUCAGGCAUGCACAGGGGAUCCACAAUGUCGAAGGAGACAAGAAUUACGAUGCAUACUUGAAUCCUGCAUAUUUUGAUGCACAACUUACGCCAUUAGGCUGGCAACAGGUUGAUAAUUUGCGAAAGCAUGUUCGUGCUUCUGGGCUUAUAAAGAGGAUUGACCUAGUCACUGUAUCUCCUUUAUUGAGGACUCUACAAACAGCUGUUGGCGUAUUUGGUGGUGAGGACUACAUAGAUGGAAUAGAUGCACUUCCCCUAAUGAUAGCUAAUGCAGGAAACAGCAGUCAUAAUGCAAUUUCAAGUAUUAAUUGCCCCCCAUUCCUACAGACGUUUGUCUCAAUGUGUUUUCUUAUGCAGGGAGUUCAUCCCUGUGACAAAAGAAGAAGCAUUAGUGAGUAUCAACAUCUAUUUCCUGCAAUUGAUUUUUCACUGAUAGAUAGCAAUGAGGAUAUUUGGUGGAAGGCUAAUGCUAGAGAGACAAAGGAAGAACUAACUGAUAGAGGGCUUAAGUUCCUGGACUGGUUGUGGACACGAAAAGAAAAAGAGAUAGCAAUCGUGACGCAUAGAGCAUUUUUGUUUCAUACUCUAAAUGCAUUUGGAAAUGAUUGCCAUCCCUCGGUUAAGAUAGAAAUAUCCAAGCCCUUUGCUAACUGCGAAUUUCGCUCCAUGGUAAUUGUUGAUAGGUAA